UCCCUGGGGACAUAAGAGGAAGGAGCAGCUGACAGUUUGGUGAGGGAGAGCAGGCUAGCGGGUGCCUGGCUGGCUCAGUUGGAAGAAUAGGCUGGGGAAGCUAGUUGGCUCAGCAAGCCGCCCUACUCCAGACUGCUCCCGGCAGCUGAACUCAGGGGCAGGGAAUACCGCUUGGUCCCUUUGUGACUUGCCAAUGUUCCAGCUGACAGCCACCCCAGCAAGUGCCCUCGCAGAUGAGUCAGUGCACAUCCAAGUGACAGGCCUGUCCCCGAUGCAGUUGGUGACCCUAACGGCGUCUCUGAAGGAUGAGAAGGGGAAUGUGUUCCAGUCCAAAGCCUUCUACAAGGCGAACGAGGUUGGUGAGCUGGACCUAAUGCAGGCUCCUGCAUGUGGAGGCGACUACGUGGGGGUCCACCCGAUGGGCCUCUUCUGGUCUCUGAAGUCCCAGAAGGGUUUCAGGAGGCUGCUUAAGAAGGAUGUGAUGAACAGCCCCUUUUGGGUCACUCUGAACCUGUAUGACUCAGUUUGUUUCCAAGAUUCCAUCAUAGGUGAGCCCAUGGCCAGCCAGGUGGUCCAGCGCUGGUUCUCAGCCCCUGGGGUACAGCGUAUUCAGAUCCGAAAUGGUCGGGUGCGAGGAGCCCUUUUCCUGCCUCCAGGGGAAGGUCCUUUCCCAGGAGUCAUUGAUUUGUUUGGGGGCGGAGGGGGUCUGAUUGAGUUUCGGGCCAGUCUUUUGGCUGCACACGGAUUUGCGGUGCUGGCCUUGGCCUACUUUGCCUACGAAGAUCUGCCCAAUUUACUGCAGGAGAUCGACCUGGAAUAUUUUGAGGAAGCUGCUAACUUGCUACUAGCUCAUCCCAAGGUCCAAAUGCCAGGAAUCGGAGUGAUCUCUGUGAGCAAAGGUGCAGAGAUCGGACUGGCCAUGGCCUGCUUCCUGAAGCAGGUGGUAGCCACCAUCUGCAUCAAUGGGCCCAAUGCCAUCUAUGAAUUUCCGCUCAGGUACAAAGAUCUGGUUAUAACACCCAUCCCCUCGUUUAUGGAGCGCAUGCAGUAUGACAUCUCAGGGUCUAUGCGACUCCGUCACUACAGGGGGGACCCCCGGGAUGAACUGAAUCAGCAGAGCGUGCUUCCUAUUGAGAAGGCCCAGGGUCCGAUCCUCUUCGUGGUGGGAGAGAAUGAUGAAUGCUUGAAUAGCAAGGAGCAUGCCGAGCAGGCCCUGCACCAGCUCUGGAGCCACGGGAGAAACAAUGGAAGGAUGCUGGCGUACCCUGGGGCGGGCCAUCUCAUAGAGCCGCCCUAUACACCCCUGUGUUAUGCCUCCCCAAACAAGAACUCUUUCUGUUUCCUGCUCUGGGGAGGGGACCGCAUUGCCCACGCUGCAGCCCAGGAGCACUCCUGGGGAGAGAUGCUGAAAUUCUUCAGGCAACACCUUACUCAAACCAGUAGGAAACUCUGAGCCAGGGCUCAGUGUGAUGAUGAAGUGGGGAGACAUAAAAAAUGAGAAUAAGGCAAGGAGAUGAUGGGAAGAGGGGGUUCUUCUGACUUCUCUAGAUUCACAGUUAUCUUGAAUCAGUUGGAAGGAGAUAGGGCAAAAAUCAAGGGCCAAGGGCACAGGUUCAAUAUCUGACAAAUUUGUAUGUGAUUUGAAUUUUUUGUAAACUGAGUCUUAGUUUAUAUGCACCAGGGUACAUUGCUAUCUCAAAAUUGUGAUACCCUUGCAAAUUGAAUAAUCUUUUGUUUCCCAGGUAGGGAUCCCUUGGACCCAGGUAUUUCCAAUCUAGAUGAAUUCUCUGGAACUUCCAAGUUACUUGUGGAAAAGCAAGUAACUUCUGUUUAAAAUUGAGUUUCUGACAUUUGAUAUGAAAAGUUCUAAGGCCACCAACAAAUGCAACGCUCAUUAUAGAUUUCCGAUAGAUGCUUUAUUUUUUUCUCAGAAUAGUGAUGUUUCUUUUUAUCCCUAAAAUAUAUUUCUUUUUAUAAUUUAAUCAGGAAUGGGAUUGAAUGUAAUCACAUGCCUUUAUAGCAUUUAUUGAAAUUAGUUAUUGAAGUUAGUUAAUAUGGUUAAAGCAAUUACAACAGUCCAGGUAUGCAGUGAUCAGUGUAUCAGAAUUGGCUAUAAUUAUUUUCAUAAUGCUGUUUUUG